UUGAAGCUAUGCUAGAGAAGUGGAAGAUGAUUCAUGAAGGGAAUAAGGAGAUCGAGGUUCAAAGCGAAUUUAAGCUCUUAACGUCAGAGGUAAUUUCAAAGGCUGCUUUUGGAAGCAAUUAUUUGGAAGGCAAGAGCAUUUUUGAUAUGUUGCAAAGCCUUGUUUCGCUAUUUUCCAUGGAUUAUUCUGCAGCAAGGUUCCCUGGUAUUAGAACAAGAGCUGAAAUGGAUUCGGAGAAAAUUGAAGAAGAAAUGCACAAAUCCAUUUUGAAGAUAAUAAAUAAAAGAGAAGCCAAGUUGAAAAUGGGAAAUGAUUUUCUUGGAUCACUCAUUGAAGCUUACCACGAAGUGGACGAAAAUAAAAGAAUUACUCUUGAAGAUCUCAUAGAUGAAUGCAAAACUUUCUACAAUGCUGGUCAUGAAACCGCGACACCUUUACUUACAUGGACAUGUUUAUUACUAGCCACUCACGCAGAUUGGCAAGAAAAGGCCAGAAAUGAAGUGAUUGUGUUACUAAAAGAAGAUCAAACCGCAGUUGCUCAAAAUCUUCCGGCUUAUGAAGAUAUAUCCUACCAAAACUAA